AUGAAGGCUGUUGGUGCUGGAAAUGUGAACCCACCAGUCAGAGGUGCUGGGGUAGCUGAUAAUGCUGUAGGGACGGCUGGCAACGUUGCAGGUGCAGCCGGAAGUGGUGCCGGUAUGCCAUACGGAUUCCGCCAUGCUAUGCAAGUACUGCGCUGUUCGCAUCCACGACUCACAUCUCUCCUCAUGUUGCACUGGCCGCACACCACCUGGAUGCAGGCCAUGGACGCACGGUUCAGGGUUGGUCCAUCUCUGCAAUGUGACCAUCGAUCGUACGGAGAAAUCCAAAGGUCACUAAAGAAAGCGCGUGUGCCCCUUGGGCAGUCUCAGACAUGA